GGGAUGAUGACGUCUGAAGAGGGGCGUGUUCCCCAGCCUGUCGCCUCCCCUGCAAACGGGAGGGUCCGAGGAUCCCCGCGUUGCCUCCCUUCCCACCGCAGAGAUGCACCACCGGGGAGUGGGCGCCGGCGCCAUCGCCAAAAAGAAGCUGGCAGAGGCGAAAUACAAGGAACGUGGGACGGUUUUGGCUGAGGACCAGUUAGCCCAGAUGUCCAAGCAGCUGGACAUGUUUAAAACGAACCUGGAAGAGUUUGCUAGUAAACACAAACAAGAGAUCCGUAAAAAUCCCCAGUUCAGAGUCCAGUUCCAAGACAUGUGUGCAACGAUUGGCGUUGAUCCGCUGGCCUCUGGGAAAGGAUUCUGGUCUGAAAUGUUGGGGGUUGGAGAUUUCUAUUAUGAAUUAGGGGUCCAGAUUAUUGAAGUCUGUCUGGCUUUGAAGCACAGAAAUGGAGGGCUAAUAACACUGGAGGAGCUCCACCAGCAAGUACUCAAAGGAAGAGGAAAAUUUGCUCAGGAUGUCAGCCAGGAUGAUCUCAUCCGAGCGAUUAAGAAGCUGAAAGUUCUAGGAAAUGGCUUUGGGAUCCUUCCUGUCGGCGGAACCUACCUGAUCCAGUCUGUGCCAGCAGAACUGAACAUGGAUCACACUGUGGUGAUACAGCUAGCUGAGAAAAAGGGAUAUGUAACUGUCAGUGAAAUUAAGUCCAGUUUAAAGUGGGAGACAGAACGAGCCAAGCAGGUGCUGGAUCACCUACUGAAAGAAGGCAUGGCCUGGCUUGAUACCCAGGCUCCAUCAGAACCUCAGUACUGGUUGCCUGCCCUCUUCACAGAGCUUUAUUCUCAAGAAAUCACUCCAGAAGAAGCCAAGGAAGCUUUACCUUGACAACAAUGUAUGAUGGAAUCAAGUGAAACAUUUUGCAUUAAAUGAGCAGCACUUCAUAUUUUAGUAACAUAAAAUGGAGCGGUAUUGAAUCCUUUUGAGUUUUUGUUUGAUGUCUUUAUAUAAAGUGGCCACUGAAUAUGAGACUUCGACUAACUGUAGAGAAAGACAUUUUGUUAACAAGUUUCAAAUUCUUACGACUCUGGGAAAAUCCUUAGUAAAGAUGAAAGCAUGAUGGCCUAUGGACUAUUGGAUGUCUCUUUUCCAUUCUGCCUCAGUUUCUAAAUUCUACAAUUAUAGUAGGAAAUAUUUACCUUAUAUGUUGCCUGUCCCACCAAAGGAGAACACAGUGAAACUGGCAAAAGAGAAUGUGCUAUCAAGCACAAUUCAAAGGGAGGCAAUUUUAUGAAGUCUUAAAAAAUAUAUAUUAUUUAAGCUCUCUGCUGACACUGCUAUGGGAUAUAGCUAAAUCCGGGCUGGAGAAGAAGCUGAGGGAUUUGCGUAAAAGACAUCUUCCCUUUUUGGAACUUUUCUAUGAGCUUCAGUAACAGGGAUGACGAACACCAGGUCCCUAGGCCAAAUUAUGCCCUCCUGGGUGGCCCAUACAACCUUCCCUAUCACAAUACUGUUUGGAGAUUUCCCUCAUUCUAAAAGGUUGGCAAGCCUCAAGACUUAGUUAUUGGUAACAAGAACCUUAAACGGAGAUAAAGUUAAAGAGGUGUUUUCUAGCUGUACAUCACUUAAGAGUGACCUCAUUAAUUUCAUAAGGCUUUUUAAAGACGAGAUGGGAUCUGUUGUCUUCAGGGUAUUUAAAAUGAACUAUAGUAGUCUUUUUGGCCCUAUCUUUUUUCUCUUGGCUCAAUACAUUGUUGGAAUGCAGCACCGAAACGCCUCUGGAAUUGAAUCCAACACCAGAAUGACCUGAAAGCCACUACAAAGAAGAAACUUCAGAUCCUGCCAAAACAAACUUUAUUGCACAAAAAACCCUUUAUGUACAAUUUUAUAUAAACAAGGUUUCAUUAUUUGAAAA